AUGGCUACUGGUAAGCGUGUUAGACAGAAUAAGCGGCGCGAUUCCAAGAGCUUGGGCAAGAAUCUCGUGCGCGGUGUGCCAGGCGCGGAAGACGGCAGUCGAGCGUUGCAAAGCUUCGAGGGAGCAUUAGGAGAGUCGUAUGCGAUAUGUGGACGGAUAGCUUGGACGAUGGGGCUUAAUAAGGCCGCGAUCGAACAUUUUAGAAGGGCAGUCGAGAAACUUCCAGGUGAUGUGACGGUUUUGAUUGCGCUUGCACGAGCAGUGGGCCAAGAGGGCGGGAAUGAACAAUCGGCGUUGAACGUACUUCUAGAAUCGCCGCUGGCACGUCAGGAAGCUCUUGACUAUCGCAUAUGGCUCCAAAUGGCAGAGUCUUAUUAUAAGCUACAGCGCGCUGACGAAGCACUCUACGCCAACGCAAAAGCCAUCGAGACCCUCGAAGCGCAGAAACGAACCGAUGCACAGGCCGCGAUUUUACAAUCGCGCAUCAUGCUGUUGAAAUCUGAUGAAAACCCAGAACUUUUGCUUCGGGAACUGGCACCGAUUUUUGUAAGAGCUGUUGAAAUCGCACGGGCCUGCAACGAGCCCGAAAGCGAACUCAAAGCACGUUUGCUGCUUGCACAACUCUACAAACGGUUCGCCCGGUACCCGGAAUCUAGAAGCGAGUCCUACGCAUGUCUCUCCAUUAUGAACUCGAUUUUGGGCUCACUCCCCAUCGAAUUGGGUAUCAAGCGAAUGGCAUAUCUUUACUCUUUUCUGGCCGCCGUCGAGUUCCAAAUGGGUAACAAAGAACAGGCGCUGGCAGUGUGCCAUAGUGCACUGCAGUCUUUACCGCGCAGUGCUCACGCGUCUCUUUUGUUUUGUACAACAGCAGAUCUCCUGCUGGCUCUAGGAGACAAGGACAAACUACGGGCUUUCUUGCCUCAGCUGCUGAAUGAAAAAGACUUCACUACAAAUAAAAGCUCUAGCUUCGUGUACCUUUUCCAUUGGAAAAUUGGACGUUUCUACGAUGCUCUCAAUGACUUGAACAGCAGUUUUGCCUUUUAUCAAAGUGCCAUGAAUCUACGACCCAAAUCCGCUGCGUUGUGGAUAGCCAUUGGGUGUCUUUAUUUGAAAAUGCGCCAGCUAUAUGACGCAGAAAUCGCCUUCUCCCAGGCUUUAUCCUGUUGCAAUAAGGGCACCUUCUACCCUCAAUUUCUCAACAGAUAUUACAGAAUAUUCGCCGCGUACUCGUGGCUUGGUUUGUCGCAAGUCCACGUUUCCGCCUCCAGGUACCAAAGUGCUGCGAACGCAGUGUCUCAAUGUCAAGCUUUACUCUUCAAAGAAAACGACAUGGUUCAUGUAGCAAAGGUGAAGGAUUUAUGCCAAGCAAUGGCUUCUAAUGUGGGUCCUGUCAGGGAGAGUUUGAGUCCUAAUCUACCGAUGGAUAUCAGUCUUGAUCUUAUAUUGCAGUAUGAUGAUAUGUUCUUUACAUCAGAGCCACGUCAGCCAAACCCUUCGACGGAAGAAGCGAAUUAUUCGACUGUUGAAAAGAAUACACCUUCCUUCAGCUAUGUAAAGAGCUAUCCAAAUGUACAUGUCUUGGCCGCGGUGCCGAAGACAACUCCGUUGCAACAACCGCCAGCCAUCGGACAGAUGAAGUUCCAUCCAUACGAAAGUCCUCGUGGUUAUGCCCCCGUGAUGAUGCCGAUGGUACCACAGAUGUACAAUGGGAAUGGAACACCAUACUUCGUCAGCCAGGGCCCGCAACCUAUGUCCCAUUUCCCGCUUUACCAAGUCCGACGGGACACGCUUUCUCGAUAA